AUUUUAUUCCAUGCUUCUCUCGGGCGGGAUCCUUCCGACGAUUCAGGGACCACGGCUAUCCGGAACAAGACCGUCAAAGAAAACCUGCUAUGAUACAUUGCCACGAGGGCAUUUGGAAGCCUCACAGACUCAAUCUCACAUAUCGAAACCCAAGCCCUGACUAAGAUCCCAGAAUAAGGCAGGUAGUAGCCGCGGCUCCGUGGUAUGCAUGGCAGACUUACAGUGGCAGGUCGCGUCAUCAGCCGUGGCCCGCACGCCUCGGCCGCUCCCCAAAGGGUCCCACUGACGUGCUCGGGGGUCGGAGCUCCCAGCCUGGCCCCUCGAAACUCCAUUUCAAGGUCCGAGUCGCCCGCCCGAGGAACCCCUCCAUCUCCGUCCUCCUCGCUCUUCAACAACUCCCGUCGCCGCACCUCGAAUACACUUUCCACAACUUGGCCCGUCCCGAAACUAGUGCCCGACAUGUCGACCGAAGCUACGGCCCGUGUUUUCUUUUCGCAAAAGUUCGUUGCGGUGGUGGGUGCCAGCUCGAACCCUGCCAAGUUUGGCAAUAAGAUCUUCGCCUGGUACUUGAACCACUCCAUCCCCGCCACCCCCAUAAACCCGACCGCAAGCACCGUCAACGCCCUCGGAAAAGACCAUCCGGCCCUCCCCAACCUCACGGCCCUACCUCACCCCAAGGACACCGCCGUCUCCAUCAUCACCCCGCCGCCAGCGACACUCAAGGUCCUGCAAGAGGCGAAAGAGCUAGGCGUGCCUGCCGUCUGGCUGCAGCCGGGCACCUUUGACGACGCGGUGCUCGAAUACGCGCGCGGCGAGGGCGGCUUCGAGGCCGUUGUUGCCGGGUUCGGGGGCGGUACCCGCGGCGGGGAAGGGUGGUGCGUUCUGGUUGAUGGUGAGAGGGCGAUGAAGGCUGCGGGGAAGCUUUGAUCGGCCUGGAGGUUUGUCCGAUUGACUCGUGAUAUAAAUCGUGGACCGUUCUAGAGUAUUGGGAAUGAGGGCCUGCUGAACGAGGGGUUCCUGAGAUGAGAUGCUGUUACGAGAUGAAUGAAUACUAGUUUCCUACCAAAAAGGGUCACCAGCGACCCCAAUGCGAGACUAUAGAAGCAAACUAUACUUGGGUUCUGUUGAUCCAUGUACUAGACUCUGGGGUCCUUGGUUCGUCU